AUGGCCGAACAGGUCACUUCGAUUACCGACCUUCCCCUCGAUAUCCUUGUACUUGUAUUUCCAUACCUAGAUGCGAAAAGCUUCCUUGCCCUAUGCAGUACCUGCAGGGCGUUUCAAGACGCUUCGAUACGACUCGACCCCGCCUAUUGGAGCUAUACCACUCGCACAACGUUCCGCGUACCCAACCAGCCAGUCGUUCAGCACGAUGGUGUAAGAUGGCAGAAGAUGUACUGCCGGCUGCUCACUCAGAGCCGUGUCUUUACAUGGGGACAUAACGGGCAAAACCGCCUAGGACAUGCUUUCGAUGCCGCUGUCGAUUUGUUCCCUCACCGACCGCGUAUGAGGGGAGGUCUCAUGCGACCAGGCCGCUUUGGUCCAUACAGCACCAACGAAGCACAUCCAACGGAGAUGCAUAACACACGGGAUCUGGGUGUCAUUGCGGACAUGCAGUGCGGAGGCUGGUCGACGACUCUUCUCACCUCCAAGGGCACUCUACACACCGCUGGAGUCCUUGACGGCCAAAGAGUAUACGCCAGCGGGUUUCUUCAAGCGCUCCGCUUUCCAGAAGGGUAUCCCUCUAACGCUGCCCAAGCCCAAUACGUAGAGCCAGCUGUUGCCAUACGGCAAUUUUCCUCUGGCCGAGCGCAUAUACUAGCAGUUUCAGACAGCGGUAGGCUAUGGUCAUGGUUCGAUGCAUCAAAGCCUGCUUUGCAGGUUAGAUUCGCAACCUUGGAGAUCAAAGAGCUCUCCUUGGGUGCUACAUUGAGUACAGAUUCAACGUUUGGAGAAAUUAAGCAAGUCGUAGCAGGGUGGAGUCGCAGCUCGGCUCUCGUGAGCGGUGUUGGCAUAGUCGUAUGGGAUCCAGUUGAGAGAGACCACGGCGAUGAAGGGACUGAUACUAUGCUCGUCUUGGAGCAUGCAGAAAUCCCAAAGACCGGCUAUCAGCGUGUCAAGGGCGUCCAAGACACAGAUGAGCAGAGAGAAUUGAGUGAAGAGGUGGGUGUCGUGAUGAAUUACAUCAUGUUGGAGCACUUUGUCGUCUUUACCACGGAUAUUGGCAGGGUUUUCUGUGGAAGAUUUGGGGAAAAGAACGCGGUCGAUGAAAUUGUUGAGCUUCGUCAACUGCGACAUGAGAAAGGAAUGCCCAUCGAUGUCCAGGGCUCUUUCCGCAGCUUUGCUGUUUUCAGGGACGGCGAGGUCAUCACCAGCGACCAGAACUACCUUGAGUCAUGCAUGCAGCAUCGACAGACCAAUCCAGAACAAGCCGGACUGCCGGGCCUCAAGAAAAUACCUGCCCUUCAGCACAACGAUGUCAUCUCGGUCGCCUUUGGUGACUACCAUUAUCUCGCACUUCACGCGAACGGAAAGAUUACCUCGUACGGCACAGAGAAUACAGCGUGUGGCUCACUGGGUCUGGGCAUGAACCAUGACAACAUCGUCGGAAGGGCCCGCGGUAUUGUUUACGACAGAUUCAAUUCCAAUGGCCAACUGCUGCCUCAUGCAUACACUUCUGGGCGUCAGGUUUGGUUCGAUGGGAGAAAAAACGAAUGGCUCGCGCAGACUGCACAUGACCAGGCCCACGCCCAAGAGAGCGAGGAGCGUAGACAAAUGUGGGCCAAUGACCCUAACGUGCAAGGGGAGGUCAGCGAGUGGUUCGAACAAGAAGCUAGAGCCUGGGACCAAGACGGUGGGGAAGACGGUCUCGGCGCGCACUUUGCUUUGCGAGUGAGCGCUGCAGGCUGGCAUUCCGGGGCUUUGGUUUUAGUCAAUGAAGAGCUGGCCCAGAAAGAGCCGACCUACAACCGCGAAGCAAGGCCCUUCCCAAGACUCAAACUCUCCGACGGCAGAGAGAUGCCGGGAGAAAAGGAUUUUGAUGAAUGGAGGGAGGGCCGACCAGUAUUCCAGCUCGAUGCUUAGAUGUAGUCGUGUAUCUUGGAAUGACUGGUAGCAUACUAAAGCCUAUUGUCAAGUGUAUGAAGGUGUUCCUAGAAGGCUCCCACAUGUC